UUGGACUCGGUUUCCCAACUCAACUCAGAUUCCCAAUCCAACUCACUUUUCUCCUUUACUGUCACCCUCCUGUAAUAAUCAUUCAUUCCUUAAAAGUCAAGCAAGAAUAUAACCCAUCACCUUCCUUUCCUUAUUCUGCUACACACUUUAUCUCUCUUUUUCUAUGGCCUUCGCAACUCAGAAAUCGCGGGUGCCUUGUCUUGUAUUUUGAUAAUUUCAAGCUUAAGAAUUGUUCGUAUUAUACUGAUUUUAUCUUAACAGAGAUAUGGCGACAAAACAACUUCGUACCAACAAAAAUGAAUACAUGGCUAAUUCCGAUGACACUGAAACUGGAUUUUUACAGUCUUUUGACGAUGCGGGUGAGCCACCCAACCCUUUUGGCGAGUUGGGUCUGCACCUAACCCCGUCGGAGCUCCUGGAGACAGCCUACGAGGUCCUAAUUGGAGCCUGCCGGAGCGCUGGAGCCGGCAGACCCCUCACUUACAUCUCCAAUUCUGAAAGGACCACCGAGAGGUCACAGUCGAUGACAUCGUCGUCUUCCCCUUCGCUUCAGAGGUCGCUGACGUCAUCUGCGGCGAGCAAGGUCAAGAAGGCUCUGGGGCUGAAAUCCUCAUCGAAGAAGAAGAACGGGGAGGACUCCGAGUCAGCGAGUCAGGGUAUCGGUAACUCAGUUAGGAAGAGAGCAGGGACUGUUGGUGAACUGAUGAGGGUCCAGAUGAGGGUUCCGGAGCAAAUCGAUUCCCGAGUCCGACGAGGCUUACUCAGAGUCGCCGCCGGCCAGCUUGGAAGACGUAUUGAGUCUAUAGUUUUGCCAUUAGAGCUACUACAACAGCUCAGAUCCUCAGAUUUUCCUGGUCAGCGAGAAUAUGAAACAUGGCAGAGGAGAAUCUUGAAAAUACUUGAAGCUGGACUCCUUUUGCAUCCGCACAUGCCUCUUGCAAAGACAGAAAUGGCCUCUCAACAGCUUCGGAAGAUCUUACGUGGAGCCUCAGAUAUACCAAUAGAAAUGGGGAAGCAUAGUGAAUCAAUGCAACUUCUCCGCAAUGCUGUAAUGUCACUUGCUUGCAGAUCAUUUGAUGGUUCUGUGUCGGAUAUAUGCCACUGGGCGGAUGGAAUACCACUGAAUCUUCACCUUUACUACAUACUUCUAGAAUCCUGCUUUGAUGUAAAUGACGAAACAUCUGUUAUUGAAGAAGUCGAUGAGAUAUUAGAACUUAUAAAGAAGACUUGGGUAAUCCUUGGGAUAAACCAGAUAUUACAUAAUCUUUGUUUCUUUUGGCACGUCAGGUCAGCACAUCAGUAUCAAAACAAAAGAACAAGAAAAUUUACAACUGUAGGAGCUUCACACCUCUGGAAGCCAUCAAUCCAAAAUCCAGGAAGUAGCGACUCCUGUCGAUCAGGCGGUCAAAGUGGCGAAACUUCAGAGGCCUCUUGUAGAUGUCCUCUAUCACCUCGAACUCUUCCCUACUGA